AGGCCUGCAGCAUAUUUACAAGCUUAUCGAGGAAUGUUUCAAUGCGUUGUUGCUUUGCUCAUCUCUCUUCUACUUCUUAUUAGUUCUGAAGAUUGUCCCCAUAGAAAUUAUUACGAUUCAUUAUGGAGCUUCUACAAUAGAUCAACGCAAAUCAUUGUGGUUGGACGAACUUACAGCGAGCUCAAACGGACCCCUAACACGCCGGUGUCCCGAAUUUUCAUCAAGACCAUUGGAAAUAAUGAACUUAAUAUAGGUCAGAAAACUACUACUUGGAUUAAUGUUGAAAUCAAUUCUAAUGAAUUGUGUAAAAAUCGAUUACAUAAUAACACCAAAUAUAUAAAAAAGAACAAAACUUAUAUAUGGUAUCUAAAAGCAAGCAAACGACCGCAAGAAAAUAUAGCCUUUCAUGAGGCGUCAGCCUUUCCUGAUUCGAUACGAAACCGUAAAGUAGUCAAUGCUCUAAAAAAAGCCACGUGUUCCAGAUCAAAAUGCGAUGCAAGGCUACCAAACGAUCCUACGAUCACAGCAUCCUUCAAACGAAACAAUCUGCAUAUCAACUGCAAAAUCGACGGCGGCUAUCCCAAAGCGGCAGCCUUGUUUAUGAAAGAUGGAAGACCCUUAAGAAAGGGUCAUGUUCGUUAUAAGAGGUAAACAGUUUCAAAGCCUCACACGUCUGAUUAAGCAUCUAAUCGCUAAUUAUUAACCGUGAAGAAACUCAUGUAUACUCCUAUUUAUACAAAUAUACAGUAGACAGUCUAUAUUUAUAGGUGUAAAUAUAGUAUAUACAAUAGAAUAUAGAAUAGUCAACAUUUGCACAUAUAUAUAUAUAUUGUUUUUUCAACAUGCGUGUGUAGAAUUGUUUAACAGUAAGUGUAAGGCACAUGGUAUAUUGAUCGACUGCAAUCUUCUAUUCACGUAAGGAUCACAUACACACAUAAAAACAUCCUAACAGCUAUACACACACCCUCACACAAAAGAUCAUCAACAAAAUUAAACCUUCAUGGAAUGCACUCUUUUUUUAUUAAUCCAAUAAUAGAAAUUCAAAUGAUACCAGAAAGAAAAAAAAUAGGUCUUGAUAGAUGAAUACGAAAUUGAACUCGUCCCUUGGGCCUUUUAGGCCUGUUUUGGUAGUAGAACGGCAAGUAGAUAAACCAAUGACAAAACAAUUUUACCCUUACAGUAUACCAAUAUUGUAUAACAAUAAAGUACAAAAGUAAAGAAUCUGUAGGAAUACAAUACACAUAUAUAAACAAAUAUUAAAGUAUUAUUAAAUAGAAAUAUUCCUAUAUCAAAACGUUAAGGUUCUCUUAAAAAAAAAGUCAAUAUAUUAAAAUUCUGACUUGAAUAUUAAAUAGGCUAAUUUGCGUACUUUCUUUUAUUGAAAAAUAUCGUGCAAGCUUUAUUCGUAGGAUAAAGAUAUUAGUAGCUUUUUUCUUUAAAAAAAAAAUCAAUACGUUCAUUCUUGAAAAAAGAAGACUAACCACAUAAACAUUUAGAUUUUCGUACGAAAAUAUAAAAGUGAUUGUCAAACGAAGCUGCUUUUAUUGCCAUUGUAAAGAUAGAAUAUAAGAAUAUAUUACUAUGAAUUGAAAGAAUUUAAAUUGUAAAGAAUACAAAACAUGAAUUUAUCGCCAAGUCUAUGAUUUUCUACAGGAAUGGUAUUACUCUGCGCAUUCAAGAUCGAAAAGAGGAUGACAGCGGGAUAUAUACAUGUAAAGUGUUCAAUGUAGCAGGAUCUCGUACGAAAACAGUUACAGUUCCAAGAAACAAAAAACCAGUCGUAAAACCUACUGACAGCAGUACUGCUCCCACAACUGAAAUGGUAUCCAUUUCAAGUAUCUCGCCUUCUGGUCUGUCACCAAACGCCAGGGUGGAACACUGCAAAAUACAGUCUUUCUGUCUAAAUGGAGGUGUCUGCUAUAACAUACCUUCUAUACAUAUGCGAUUUUGCAGAUGUAAGGAGGACUAUGUAGGAUAUAGAUGUCAAUUUCCAUUCCCUGAAGGAAUGAUUGGCAAGAUAGCAGAACAACAAAAAUUAGAGACAGAUAGAGUGAUCACCCGUGUUAUUUUGGCUGGUAUAGUUCUUCUUCUCAUUAUGGUCAUCCUACUCGCUUUUUUUAUGAGAUGCUUCCAUAAAUCGCAAAGAAAACGCUUCAUGAGGUAUAAACAAGAAUUAAAUGCAAAGGAACCUCUUGUUCAGAAUCACAACUCGCUAAACAUACAAUACCAAACUCCUACAAAUGUACACAGUAUAGGGGUCCAAACAGAUCCAUCCUUGGACCCUAGUCUAUUAGCAAGACAAGGAAAUAAAUAUGAUGAAUUUAAUGAAGAUUGUAUAGCAGAAUCUCAAGAUUCGACGGAUAAACGUCAAGGAAUUUUCUUUUCACCCUAG